UGUUUAUAUGGACAGUCUCUCACUCAGGUUGGUUUACAGUCAAUAUCCUCGAGCAUCAACAUCGCGAUUUCUCCGCAAAUCAACCAACCAAAAACAAAGCAACACAACGGAGUAGCGCUGGAGAAAGGCAAAACACUGCAAACGCUGCGAAGAGUUGGAGCCGAAAGUAAGACAAACUUUUUUCUUUUUUUUUUCUUCUUUAAACAAAGCGGGGGAAUGUUCAAGAAAAGCAAAAGCAAAGUGCUGGUGGAUUACGCGUCAGAGGAAGAUGACAUGCCGCCCUCCUGGCAUUACCGUCACUCCUAUAAGGACAAAGACAUAGAAGGAGAGGAGGGAGAAGAAGAAGAGGAGGCAGCCAGUCCAGCAUCCAAGGAAGCCAAGGUGAAGAAGAACAGAUCCAAGAAGGAAAGGAGGGAGAAGAAGAUGUUCUCCUCUAAAGACGAUGAACACUUCCUGUUGACCGGGGUCGAUCCGACAGACCGGCGAGGGUCCCACAAGAAAAUCAAGGAUGAAGAGCGGGAGAAAGAAAAGAAGGAAAAGUCAGAGAAAAACCACUGUUUCUGGGAGAGCGUUUCCAUGACGAUGAGGCAGAUCACACCCACUAAGAAACUGGAGAAGAUGGAGGGUUGGGAGCCGCCUCAGCUCGGGGACCCCGCUGAGACUCUGACCGCUGAGGCCCCGGAGGACAAGAGCCAGACCAGCAAGGACUCGCCGGUGUCUUUCCCCCAGCCUGUUGCGCUUCCGUUGGGACUGCCCUCCUGGUCCGGCCUGGGCCUGGAGGAGGAUUCCUCCCGCUACGCCAACUUGUCAGACUCCAAGGAUUCCGUGGCUGUCAGAUGGACAGCCCUCGCCAAAGGCAAACUAGCCGGCAUCAGCAGGAGGAGUCGAGGGAUUGUGUCAGAAAGCUCUUGGGAAGGUUUUAAAUAAUAACCAUCAGCCAAAACGAUUCAGUUUUGAAAAAAAAUACCUGUUGGUCCCCCAAGUCUCUGAAGGUUUGUUGAUGUAGACUGGUACUGAGACUCCAGGACACGUGCUCACGCUGCUCUGCCCAACAGAUAAUCAAUAGUGCUGAUAACUCAGUCGCCCAACACCAGAGAAUGAAGGGGCUGAAAUAGGUUUUAUGAAAGUGUAUAGAAUAUAUGUCAGGUUUUUUGUGGUCCUUGUCAGGACUGGUCUGCCAGUAUGCUGAAACUGAGCGACCAUCUCAAAACAGAGAGAGAGAGAGAGAGAGAGCGAGAGAGAGAGAGGACCACCAGCCCCUCCGUAGAUAAAUAGAUAAAACUGGAACCAGAGUGAAAGCCCCACACUACUGUUAAACUGUGGCACCCACUGGUCUUUACACAUUUUAUAUGACACAGCAUAAAAGCAUAAAAGAAUGUGUAUUCUGUUAUUAUACAGCUGAUUGGGGUUGUGUUUGUAUGGUCAUGGGUGACAUUCCCUCUAUGCAGUUGAAGCCUAUGAGCAUAGAGUGCAAGUCUGAAAGCCCAUGUUAAUGGGCUUAAAUGCUGUAGGCAAUCAGAAAACACCCUAAGAAAACCUUGAUUGGCUCUGGACCAUUAGGUGAUGUGUGUGUGUGUGUGUGUGUGUGUGUGUGUGUGUGUGUGUGUGUGUGUGUGUGUGUGUGUGUGUGUGUGUGUGUGUGUGUGUGUGUGUGAGAGAGAGAGAGAGAGAGAGAGUUCCCCAAUUUCAGGGUGGGAGUAAUGAAUAGUUGAAUGUCCAGUUUAGUGGUUUAAAAAAAUCAGGAACCACCCUGGUUUUAUUGAUUGAUAUACAUCAAAAUCUGAUGCUGAAUGGCAUUCAUCAGUGCUCUACUGAUAGCCAAUUUUUCCUAUAUCAAGACUACUACCUGUCAUAGAAGACAUGAAGCCAUUUUGUGCCUGUUGUCAUAUGCAUAACAUCAUGUGUUCGCUGUAAGUUAUUUACUCCAUCAAACCAUCUUUUCUGAUCGAAAACCUGGCAUGUACAAUGAGAAUCCCAUUCGGAUGUAGGUAUACUAGGUAUAGGUGUAGGUGGGCCCUCCCAGCAUGCACUUGUUACUGUGACAGCCUUCAGAUGCUUCCUGAUUUCCAGCUACAAACCUGUAUCCCCUGGACAGCCAAGCACGGAGGUGUUGGGAUGGUAACUGGUGGACUUCGUUUUUGUAUUACAAAAAAAUCUUUUUAAGUAGUGUUUGCAUAUCUUAAUGUUAUGUAUGUGUGAGAAAUGAAAGAACUAUUUCAUUUCUAUAAUGAUUGUAUCUGAUUUGUAAUAUCUCCCUCUUUGUAGUUGGUGAGGGGCAAAGAGUUAAAAUUCAUGCCACCGGCUGCUUUUCCUCUCCCUUUCUUCUCUUUCUUUAAAAAGCUACUGAAUCUGUUUCAUACUACAAUCUGCUCCACUGCAGCCAAGAGUGUGCACACUGCACAGAUGCAGGCCCACUGCCAAGGCGCCAAGGGUAUCUGUAUCCUGUAUUUACAACAAGUCAGGGUUGCAUUUUCUCAAACAGAAUAAAGACUUAC